AUUUACUUUAAUUGGGUUCUUGGUUCUUGGAUUUGGAAUUUUGUUGGAUUUAUUACACGAGUCAAACUGAGCUUAAAGUUGUACGGUUUCAACAUAAUUUCAAUAAGAAUUUUGGGAUUAAAAGGUUUGAAACGAUAAAAUGACAGACGUUGCAAAGAAGGUUCAGGACUACAAGGAUUCCCUAAAACAGAAGGCAGAACAUUUAAUAAUAAAGGGCUUCCCAGAGAAGAUAGUGAAGUUGAAUGAACUUUUAGAGACAUCAAAUUUCCAAAAUCGAGAUCUUUCAGAUGUUCACCAGGACUUAAACAUUCCAGUGCCACAGCCUGCUCACUCAUCUAACGAACCAAAUGUGAAACGGCCCCGCUUGGACUCAUCAGAGGCAUCAAGCAAUACAACUAUUGAAGGCACUAAGGUGUACUCUCUGCCUAACGGCACGGUGCCCUGCAACAAGCCACUCAGUGACCUCAUUCAUCUUGUCAAACCUCAUAUCAGAGAGUUAGUUGAGGAUUCAAACUUGCUUAAAAUGUGGAUUUCAUUCAUGAUCCCGAAAAUUGAAGACGGAAAUAACUUUGGAGUUUCAAUACAAGAGGACACACUUGCAGAGAUACAGUCUGUGGAAUCAGAGGCUGCAGCAUUCUUUGACCAGAUCUCACGGUACUUUAUAUCACGGGCAAAGAUUGUCUCAAAGGUUGCUAAAUAUCCACACAUUGAUGAUUACAGGAGAGCUGUCAGAGAGCUCGACGAGAAGGAGUACCUGUCGCUGUGGCUCGUGAUGUGCGAGAUCCGCAACCGCUACUGCUCGCUACACGACAUUGUCAUCAAGAACUUAGAGAAAAUUAAAAAGCCCCGCUCGUCCAAUGCUGAGUCACUAUACUAGCUCGUAAUUAUAAUCUCAACUAGUAAUCUUAGACACACAAGGCGACCUUGUGGAUUUUAAGGGUAACAACCAAACUGAUUGUCCAGUGAGAUGUUAUUAUAGAUGUACUUUUAGACAUGAUUGACUAUAAAAAUGCAACCUUGACUUAACUACUUAAUUUCAGUAAAGAGAAAUGCGAUUUGCCAUGCCAUCCGGCUAGCGACCGGCGCUUAAGGGUACCCGGGCCCUUAAGUGAGAAAUCUGCUACCGAAGACUCCACAGGAGUGGGCGCCCAGGCUCCUGUGUUAGUGAAUGUUACUGGCAGCACCAGCAGCAGCAGCAGCACCACCACCACCACCACCACCAAGAAACUUGUCCAGCAAGCUUUUCAUCCAAGCCUGUUCAUAUCCAGGCCACGAUCCUCCUCAGACGGAAGCAGACUGCCUGACGAACCAUCAACAAGGUCGGAACCAACUACUCCAGAUCUGGAAAACCCCCAACCUCCAUCUUGGCAAAGAGUGCCUAUUAAUAGAAACUCUAAAAAAAGAAAAUUACUAAGCCCCUCACCGGAAUCUGUAAAAACCUCAAAUCGAUUCUCUGAUUUAGAGGUUGACUCUCCUGAGAAAACUUCAACUUUGAAAACUGUCAGACCAAGUAAACCACCGCCAAUAAUACUGUAUGGGAUUGAGGAUCUAAACAUGCUAACAGAUGUCCUAAAAACUGUAGCUGAUAAAGAACAAUUUUCCUACAAAAUUAUUAACAAAAAUCAACUACGAAUAAGUAGUGUGGAUAUUGACACAUACAAAAACCUUAUUACUGUGGUCCGGGAAAAUGGAUUGAUUGGACAUACCUUCAACAGAAAAGACCAAAGAUGUUUUAGGAUUGUCAUAAGAAAUCUGCACCCAACAACACCUAUUGAUGCAAUUAAAGAAGAAAUUGAAGCCACUGGAAAUACGGUUACGGGAGAAAUUAUCAAUGCGAAAUAUGGGCCAAAUAAGAUGCCAACAUCCACUUUCUUCGUUAAUCUGGCACCAGGACCUAACAACAGAGCAGUAAAAGAUCUGAAAUACAUUUUUCAUCAGUCUGUUAUAAUAGAGGAUCCAAAGAAAAGAAAGUCAAUUGUGCAGUGCCAAAGAUGCCAACAGUACGGACAUUCGAAAAAUUAUUGCAUGCGACCAUAUCGCUGUGUAAAAUGUGGACAGUCACAUAAAACCGCUGAGUGCGAGAAACGUGACCGCAACAGUCCAGCUCAGUGUGCUUUAUGUAAUGGGCCUCAUCCAGCUAACUACAAAGGGUGCGAAGUCUACAAAGAAAUUCUUCAACGCCGAAACAGAAUAAGUAGUAAUAAAGGAAAUCAGAAACCAAACUUUAUUAGAAACACCCCACAAAAAGACGAGCCUAUUAGCAAAGAGAAGCCACCAAAAAAAUCAUAUGCUGCAACAUUAAAUAAACAUAAUGAACCCACACCCAACCCGUGUAAUAUAAAUUCAGACUCUAACAAAGUGCAUCCAACACUAGAACAAAUUCUUAUAAAACAAUCUGAGAAGUUUGAUAUGAUCCUACAACAAAUUAGUACUCUUAUGAGUCUUAUGGUCAAACUUGUUGAUAAACUGUCAUUCAAAUAGAUUCUCUUAGAAUAGCUACCCACAACAUAAACGGAUUAUCACCAAACAAAAACCUAGUUGAAAUAUUUAUGAUAGAACAUAAACUUGAUAUACUUUUAAUUUCUGAAGCACACUGUAAUGCAUCAACCUGUAUCAAAUUUAAAGACUUUCAGUGCUACCAUACAGGCCACCCAGAUGGAACAAGUCAUGCUGGCACUGCAGUCAUUGUCAGAAACUCAGUAAAACAUCAUCAAAUGCCACAGUACAAAACUGAACAUAUACAGGCAACAACCAUUGCUGUUGAGGAUCAAACAGGCAUGAUUAAUAUAUCUGCAGUGUAUUGCCCCCCCAAACAUAAAAUAACAGCUACCAUGUUCUCCCAUUACUUUGAUAGUCUGGGUAACCGCUUUAUAGUAGGAGGAGACUGGAACUCUAAACAUACAUUCUGGGGAUCUAGGUUAACUACAACUAGAGGUAGACAAUUGAAGGUAUGUGUGGAUAACAACAACCUUAGAACAGUCUCAACAGGUGAACCAACCUACUGGCCAAGUGACCCGAAAAAGCUACCAGACCUCCUAGAUUUCUUUAUAACCAAAGGAUUGACUAAGCACUACCUGAAACCUGAAUCUUGCUAUGAUAGUCCAUCUGAUCAUACACCUGUUUUAUUAACAGUAGACACUAAAAUAAUUGAAUAUAUGAAAGCAGAGUCGCUUUAUAACAAACGCACAGACUGGGAAUCUUUCAGGGAGCAUAUCAAAGCAAAAAUCAAUUUAAAAGUAGCUCUCAAAACUCAUGAUGACAUAGAAGAGGCGACCAUAUACAUAACGACUCUGAUACAAAAUGCGUGUUGGAUUAAUACACCAGAGAUUCAGAAUUGUAAUAGAAUAGAAAACUAUCCUUUGGACAUUAAAAGAGCGGUUCUAAACAAAAGGAGAUUGCGUCGGAUAUGGCACCAAAGUAGACUCCACCAGGAUAAAGUAAACUUCACCACUGCUGCAGAAAAUCUCUCAGAGAUGUUGCAGAGAUGGCACGAUGAAACUCUUGAAUCUCAACUGGAGUCACUAAGUCCUACAGCUGACACUAAUUAUUCUCUGUGGAAGUUUACAAAAACCUAUAACAGACCUCAAAUUCACAAACCACCUAUCAAAGCAGGCCAGCAUUGGGCGAGAAGUCCACAGGAAAAGGCUGACGUUUUUGCUGAACAUCUAGCAAAAGUCUUCUGUCCAAACAACAUCUCAGAUCCUGAAUCCGAACUGAAAAUUAGUCAGCAUCUUAACAUGGACCUUCAGAUGUCUCCUCCACCUACCCCAGUUACAGUUAGAGAAACGUGGGGAACAAUUAAAAGACUGCCUGAUAGAAAAGCCCCAGGAUUCGACCUUAUUACAAAUGAAAUAUUAAAACAACUUCCAAAAGAGGCAAUUGUAUUCUUAACAUCGCUUUUUAAUGGAAUUUUAAGAGUACAAUAUUUCCCACUACUAUGGAAAGUAUCACAAAUACUAAUGAUACCAAAACCUGGAAAACCGCCUACUGAAAUCACUUCCUACAGACCAAUCAGUUUGCUGCCGAUUCUUUCAAAAUUAUUUGAGAAACUUCUCUUGCGAAGAAUUUUACCAAUAUUAAAUGCCAAUGAUGCAAUACCAAACCAUCAAUUCGGAUUUCGGCAGCAACACUCUACUGUUGAACAGGUACAUAGGGUUUGCAAUAAAGUAAGAGAAACAUUAGAAAAUAAAGAAUAUUGCUCAUCAGUUUUUCUCGAUGUCCAACAAGCCUUUGAUCGAGUCUGGCAUGAUGGUCUUUUAUAUAAAAUAAAAACACAUAUCCCUCAUAGUUAUUACUUGUUACUGAAGUCCUAUCUAUCAGAGCGAUUGUUCCAGGUAAAGGAAAUAGAUGUAACAUCUAAAUUUUAUGAAAUAAAGGCUGGAGUUCCGCAGGGUUCAGUUUUAGGGCCUGUGUUGUAUACCUUAUACACAUCAGAUCUUCCAGAGGUGAAAGGGGUUACAACUGCUACAUUUGCCGACGACACUGCGGUUCUAUCUAGCGACAAAGACCCUGCAAUUGCUUCAAGGUCACUUCAAAAAGGCUUAGAAGCAAUAUCCAAAUGGCUUCAUGCAAAUAAAAUAAAUGUCAGCACUUCCAAGUCUGUGCAAGUCACUUUUACGCUGCGUAAAGAAAACUGUCCUCCUGUAUUCCUAAAUGGAAUUGAGCUUCCACAUAAAGAGAGUGUCAAAUACCUGGGAUUGCACCUUGAUAGGCGUUUGACUUGGCACCACCAUAUCAAAACAAAGAGACAAGAGGUUAACUUACGAUACAAGAACAUACACUGGAUAGCAGGUCGGAAUAGCAAACUAUCCAUUGAUAACAAACUCUUGCUAUAUAAGGUACUAUUGAAGCCGGUCUGGAUGUAUGGCAUCGAGCUCUGGGGAAGUUCCAGUAACUCUAACAUAUCCAUCCUGCAAAGGACCCAAAACCUAAUUUUGAGAAGGAUCUGUGGUGUUCCGUGGUUUAUAAAGAAUAACGAGAUUCAUGAGGCACUAAAGGUGGAAACUGUCUACGAAGAGAUUGACAGAGUCUCGCAAAAGUAUAAAACACGACUGAUGAGUCAUCCAAAUGUUCUGGCUUCAAAACUGAUUUACAGGACAUAUCAGAGCAGGCUUAAAAGAAAGCACAUUAUUACAUAGACAUAUUAUUAUAAAAACAAUGAGGGGAUGUUCUCACUGGGGAAUACACUCGAAAAGAGAAGUCAUCAUAGAACAUAUCUGCUUAUAGUUCUUACUGAUCGCAGAUAAACCCAGAGAAAAAAAAAAAAAAAAAAAAAAAAAAAAAAAAACUUAAUUUUUUUUCCAUUUAAAUAAAUUGUUAUGUUUUCCAGCAAUUUCACCAGAUGGCGAGUGACAAUAAAGUCUUAACCAUAGAAAGAUAUACAUAUUUUUGUAAUUAAAAGAUAAGCAUGCGCCUGAGAGGCACACAUGUUGAUUAAAAAAGUCAACCUUAACUUAAUAAGAAUGUAACUACCUAAUUAUUUUUUAAGUUUUGUAAACAGUUUUGCUUAUUAGCAAUUUCACCAGAUGACAAUAUAGUAGUAACCCUAGAAAGAAACUAGUACUGCAAAUAUAAUCAUGCACCAUAAAGGUGCAUGCAUAUUGAAUAGGACCUACUUCUUUAUUACUUUGUGGAAGUUAAUGAAAUUUUGCUAUUUUAAACUGGAAUCAAACCUGGAACUGCUGAUAAAACACAAAUUUUCAAUGAAACAUCUUCAGGUAAUUUUGUUUAAGAACUGCAAAGUAUAACUGAAGGCAUUUUGUUGGAUUUUCUUCUUAUAUUUGUUUUUAUAGUAUAUUUUAUAUCUUAUAAGCCAUGAUUGUUUGGCUAGUUAUUAAUAUACUGUUAGCUGUAUACUGUAUUAUGACAUUUAUAGUGUAUAGUUGUAUGAGUGGAAAACAGAAAGAGCACAGCUAUGUUUUCUCACUUACAAAUAUCUCUAGACUAGAGAAUAGACUCUAGGUAUAAUAACAUCUCACUGGUCUUAUUAAACUUUAUGGCUGCCCAAACACUUGAUGUUGUACACAUACAAGCAUCCAAGACUUUUAAAAUACAUGACAGUUGGACAGAUUGAGUUGUAUCGUAUAUGAAGUGAAGUGUCAAAUACAUUUGAAGUGAAGUUACAAAUACUUUGUUCAAUUUAUUUUGUCAGAGAGAGCCACAUCUUUACAUCAUUUUAUGUAUACUGCUCAGUUCCAACUUACAUAUUUACUUAUUUUGGUUAGUUUCAUCAAAAUUGAGCGAUGUCAAUAGUUUUAUGAGAAAGACUAAAGUUUGCCUCCGGUUUAAUUUGGUAACAGAUAGUUUUUGAAAAUAAAAGCUGCCAAACUUGCAAUAUUAAUAAUAGGCUACUCGCCUGCCGUAAAAAACUAAGAAGAUUUUUUGCAUAGAGGCAGUUUAGAGGCCUAGAAACUCUAAACACAUUUUUAUUUGUGAAAAUAACCUCGUAAUUGUAAUAGUUUUAUAAAACAAAAUUGUAUUUUUAUCACGUCACCGCAAACGCCAAUCAUAAACUGUAACGUCAUUCGCUAUAAGCCAUCGGUUUGUGAUUGGCGCUUGUGGUGACGUGAUAUAAUCACAUCACUGCAAACGCCAAUCACGCUGUUAUCUCUGUGAAUGACGUCACUUGCUAAUGUGUUGUGUUUCGGCGGCAAAAAUUACGUAGAUAUUUUUUCAUUCAUAUUAAAUUUUUUACUGGUUAUUAUUGACGGGACAAAAUAAAAUAUAGCUUAUAAUACUUCCAUAAUUCAGUUUAAAAACUGAAAAAUUUCUGGACUAUUUUGUUUCACACAAAGCAAAAUUAGUCCAGAAAUCUCUUAAGUUUACAACUUCUUUUAAUCAUGAAAUGAAUGAGUCUUGGGAGUAAACUUGGGAGAAAAAUUCUGGAUUAUUUUUGCUUCAUGUGAAACAAACAUUUAACCCAUUAGAUUAAAUAUAAAAAAUAUUUAAUCAAAAGCUUUACCAAAAGUCUGCGUAGCAAUUGACAGACGUAGACAGAUAAAGAAAUAGACGAGUGAUUGGCGUGCCGUUGUCAAUCAAAAGAUCUUUGGUGCUGUCUACACUUUCUUUGUCUAUGUUGACAGAGUAUCACAAGUUGCACUCAAUGAAGUUAUGGGCGGCCUUAAAGUAUGGUUUUAAUUAAUCUUGUUUUUUAUUCACUGGUUGAUUAAAUUUUAAUGAAUCUGGAGUCGAGAAAUAUUCUAUAGAUAUGAGCACAAACUUAUAUUCGAUGACAUCUCAAUUUCAACUGUUCGUAAAUAAUGUAUUAGAUUAACUACACUAUGUAUUUUUGACGGAAUUGAGGUACAAUAAGCAAUAAUUAAAGUAUAUUAACAGAAACUGUACUUAGUAAUUGUUAGAUUUUUCCAUAGACUAGUGAGUAAAAAAUAGGCUUCUACCGUAUUUCAGUCUUGUAGCAAGACUUGUUGUAUUAUUCUGAGACUGACAGUAAGUACACCUAUCAACAUUAUUGAAUACUUGAAUUGAAUUUAAAUUAAAAAUAUUUUUUUUUAUUAUUAACACAUUGUUUCAAGUGAAAUAGAUUAAUAAUUAUACAAGUGACAUAGAUUCCCAUACUGUUAGUGAUACAUUGUAUCAGUUUAUCAUAUUCAAUAAACAAUCCAUACUCCCAUACUUAUAUUAAAAAUGAGAAAGUAAGUUUUUUGUUUGUUUGUUAUGUUAUGGUAUCAAAGCUUAGCAACUGAAAUGAUUAAAAAAAAUUAUACCAAUGUAAUAAUAAUAAGUAAUAAAAUGUAUUUGGUUAAUUUAUGAGAGUAGACAUUGAAUUUAUUAAAUUUUGGAAGGUUUACGUAUUCUGCAAUGGAUCUUGCUACAGAAUUGUUCAAUUUAGAGUAGGUACUGUAGAUUGUGUAAGCACAAUCUUCAAAAUUUAUUCCUUUGAAUUUAGUAAUAAGUGCAUUGUAUUUACAUUAAUAAUAAUUAAAAUAAUCUUAAAAUUUAAUUUAUUUGUACCCUCAGAUUUGUUUAAGUGUCUAAUACAAAGGCGAUACGAUAUUUGAAACAAAUACUCUGCCGCCAUUCCUCUUCGGUUGAUUUACGAUUGGCUUACAUUACAGCAGAUGUAAUUACAUUUAAUCAAUAAAAUACGUUUCUAUGA